AUGACAGUUCCCACGAAUGUCAUAACUGAUGUUACUGAAAAAUCUCAAGAAAAGGCUGUUGUAACCGAUGCUCCAACCGGUGUUGAACCAUCCUCUAUACCAACUGAUGCUGAGAAGGAUGUUGAAGCAUCCAAAGGAGGAUCUAGCCCACAUGCUAACACUGCCACUGGGUCGUUUGGCAGUGGAUCUAAUACUGAAGCUUCCACUGAAGAGGAAGUAAACAAAGAAAGUACCCCUGAGGAUGUGGCUGAUUCUGAGCCAGAGAAUGAAGUUGGUGAGGACUCUGAGAAAACCACAAAUGAAGAACAGGACAUAGUGGAUGUUGAUGAAGUCCCCUCUGAAGAAGAUCUGCAACCUCCACCUACUCAGAAAGGAAUUGGGAGAAGACUGAGAAGCAGGACCACUACACCUGCACCUGCUGUUACCACUACCCCUGUUGUCACCAAGAACUCAAAGGACACUACUCUGAAGCCUGUCAAGUAUGGUCCUAAGAAAGGAUGGAGCAAGCCUAUACCUCCUCCUGAAAAGAAUAAGGGUGUGCUGAAAAGGAAGAGUGCACCAUCAAGUGACUCUGAAUUUGAAGCUGAAAAGGAUGCCUCAAGCAUCAAGCCUCCUGCUAAGAAGGCUAUGUCUGCUAAGAAGGCCAUGCCUCAAUUUGUUGCUCCUGACAUUGAAGACUUUCCUUGCAAAGAUAUUCUGGAAUGUGAAGAGAUUGUAAGUUUGAUCAAUGAUGCUGGAUUGAUCAAAACUGUGUGGGGCUUAGGCUCCUGCUAUGAAAAGCUGGUUAGGGAGUUUGUUGUCAACAUUCCUAUAGGUUGUGACAAUCCCUUGGAUAAGGAGUUUCAGAAAGUCUUUGUUCGAGGAAAAUGUGUUACUUUCUCCCCAAGUGUGAUAAACAGGUUCCUGGGUAACUCUGAUGAGCCACACCCUGAUAUAGAUGUGUCUGAUAAUGUGGUCUGCAGAACCAUCACAGCUGAUAAAGUGAAAACCUGGCCCAAGAAGAAGAAGGUACCAGCUGUCAAGCUAACCCAAAAGUAUGCCAUCUUGAAUCGCAUUGCUUCUGUCAACUGGGUCCCUACUACACAUGCAUCCGACAUUGCAACAAAUCUGGGUAAGCUCAUUUAUAUGAUUGGUACUGGUACUAAGUUUAAUGCUGGUCUAUAUAUUUUCAAUCAAGUUGUGCAGCAUGCCAAGACCUCUGUCACCAAGCAACCCAUUGCAUUUCCAACCCUAAUCUGUGACAUCAUCUUGUCCCAACAUCCGAAUAUAAGGCAUGAGGAUGAGUCUGCUAAGAAAAGGGCAACUCCUCUGGCCAUUCAUCAGAAGCUGUACAGUAAACAGCAUGCUCCAGAUAUUGUUGGACCAUCAAAUGCUGCUGCUGACACUCCUAUGACAAGGAAGGAGAUGAUUGCUAUGCUGGAAGCAAACUGUAAGGAGCUAGAUGAAAAGAAGUUGCAGUUUGAAAGGAUGAUACAUGCUCUCAGGGUUGAAGAGGCUGCAGCUCAAGCAGCUGAUGCAGAUGAUGAUGGCUCUAGUGGUGAAGAAGAAGCUGACACAGAUGUUGAAGGAGAAGAAAAUGAUUCAUCUCCAAGUGCUUCUGUGUAA